AUGCUUAAUCUUAGCUAUCUGUUCUGCUAUGUCUUAAUAUAUUCGAUAAUAGUUCUAUAUCCACAAAAUUGUGAGCGAAAUCAAGACCUGUUUAAGAUAAAGUACUCCGUAAUAGAAAAAUUAGAAAUUAGAACUUUGAUCGUAGCGGAUCCCACGGUAACAGCUUUUUACAAAGAUGACGACGUUGAGGCAUAUUUAUUAUCCAUCAUGGAAAUGGUAAAAAAUAUCUAUAGCCAUAGCACGAUAGGAUUUUACUUAAAUUUAACGGUUUCGGGAAUUAUCUUAAUGGCAUAUAAACCGGAAGAAUUAAAUAUCACGUUAAACGCCGAUGACUACCUUAAGAGUUUUUGCCAGUGGCAAUCAUUUUUAUUCAGAAACCUUACUUCACCUCAAAAUAUAAUCGAACCUUAUAACACGGCCAUUUUGAUAACGAGGUUAGAUUUAUGCGCUCAGAAUUACACCCCUUGUGGAACUUUAGGAUUGGCAGAAGUUGGAGCAAUGUGUCAAGUAUCAAGAAGUUGUGUUAUUGCUGAGGACACUGGUCUAAAUACUGCCUUCACGAUAGCCCACGAAAUAGGACAUUUAUUGGGAAUGAAACAUGACAAUAUGGAUUACUGUCAACAUUUUAACUUAAAUGCGUCCUCUAAAUUACCUUACGUGAUGGAUUCGCAAUUACCUCAAAAUUUAUUAGCCGAAUUGUUGUGGUCCAAUUGUAGUUAUUAUGAUUUAAGCAAUUUCAUUUAUGGAAAACAAGCCCAAUGUUUGAAAAACAUUCGUUUACCAGAAUCAAACACGAUAUCUAAAAUAACAAACGACAAUGAGCAAAAAAAUAUAAUUUUAUUUAAAGAUUUUAACAUGACACUAAUUGAAAAGGUAAAUGAAUUACAAGGCAGGCAACAAUUAUCUGUGGGUCAUUUCAUUGUUUAUAUUGAUGAAAGAGUUUUUCAUGAAUUGAAUAGUCUAACCAAUACAAACCUUUCAUUACAGGUCAGGAAUCUAUAUUUUUUAAUAUAUGAUAAUUUAAACGUUUGGCCGGAUAAUUGGCAAAAUAAAUUGCUAAAUAUCCUAUUAAAUGACACUAUUAAUACAAAUCUUAAUCAAAGUUUAACAUAUUCCUUAAACAUUACGGAUAAAAAGAUGGUAUUCUUAUUUAAGUAUAUUACCAUCCUAGAAUAUUUACCAUUGAAUAGUAAAAUAUCCGAUAUAACAUCUCGCUUGAAUAUAGGGACCAUAUUUAAUAUUGAUCGACAAUGUCAAAUCAGUUUGGGGUUAUCUAACGUAUCAUACUGUCCUGGGAUAGAAGAUAUAUGCAACAAUUUAUGGUGUAAAGUGGGAAGCAAGUGUUUGUCAAAAAUGAAGGUAACAGAGGAUGGAACAUUGUGUGGGACCAAUAAAUGGUGCUUGGAUAAAAAAUGCGUCGAUAUUUUUCAAACAUCGACAGAAAACGUGAAAGGUUUUAAAAUCAAUGGCAGAUGGGGGCCAUGGCUACCUUGGUCAAAAUGUUCAAGAAGUUGUGGGAACGGCAUUUCAAUUUCAAAAAGGCACUGUUCUAAUCCAAGCCCUCAAAAUGGUGGACAAUAUUGUCUUGGACGAGAAAAAAUCUAUAAAGUUUGUAAUCAUAAUAUUUGCAAUGAUAGUGUUGAUAUUAGGGAUUUACAGUGUCAAGAUUAUGGAUGUAAUAUAAUGAAGAAAUGUGAAAGCAAUUGGACAUUUGACAAAUAUUCCUUCUCAUCACACUCUAUAUGUUUGUUAAAUUGUGUAUCCGAAAAAGAAACACGAAUUAAUUUGGAUAAAAACUCUUUCAUCAAUAAAUUAAACGAUGGUUCACCAUGCGAUUUUAAUAAAAUUUACGAAAAGAAAGAGAAAUAUUUUUUUGAAAACAAUAUUGAAACAGUACCCGAAAGUGGGAUAUGCAUCAAUGGGAUAUGCCAUCCAUUAGCAUGUGACAACGAGUUAAAUAGUAACGCUAUACGAGAUGCAUGUGGCGUAUGUAACGGAAAUAAUGCUUCAUGUAAGUUAUCAGCAGGGAAUUUGUUUAUUGACAGUGAUCAAAACGAUUCUAUUUCUAAAUCGAAUUAUAAACAUUUAAUGACGAUACCUCAAAGCUCUACCUCAAUCAAAAUAUCAGAAUUUAACAAGAGUCAAAAUUUUCUUGCUAUGAGUGUCGCUGGUAAUGAAUUUAUAUUAAAUGGGAAUAAUACUAUAACCUGGAAUGGCGAACAUUCCAUGAAAGGCAUAUUUUAUAAUUAUUAUGAAGAAGAUAAAAAAGAAAUAAUCGAUAUCAAAGGACCUUUACCAACAAACCUGUCCAUAUAUAUUCUACAAAUAUAUAAUAAUGCUAAUAUAUCUGAAGGGAUAACAUACACUUAUUACAAACCACAAAAACGAGUAGAUAUUAAUAUAAGUAAAAAAUAUAAGUGGAUAAGAUUUGAUUGGUCAACUUGUUCAAAAUCAUGCGGUAUGGGAGUUCAAUUUGAAAUAUACAGCUGUGCCGAUGAAAGUGGUAUCAUGUCAAAUAAAAUCUUGUGUAGAAAUUUAACUAAACCUAAAGCUCUAAAGGUACCGUGUAAUAUAAACACCUGUCCACCUUAUUGGUGGACGGGAAAUUGGCAACCUUGUGUAAAAACAUGUGGGAGGGAUAUAAUUCAAAAACGAUCUGUGUUUUGCGUGAUAAAUGAAAUCAAAAAGUUAGAAAUAAUAAACGAUGAUGUAUGUGAAAAACAUUUGUCAAAACCAAAAAUGGUAAGAAAUUGUUCUCUUUCUCUAUGCCUUUAA